AUGGAGUUGCCCUCGGGCGAGGUUAUGAUAUCAUCUAGAGGAGUGCGGGAUGCGCCAAUAAGGAUUACUGACAAAGAACUUAGUGGAUAUCUGAUAGAGCUGGAGAUGAGGGAUUACGAUCUUAUCUUGGGUAUGGAUUGGCUAUCACGACAUGGAGCAACAAUAGAUUGCCGAAAGAGGACAGUGACUUUCACCCCUGAAUCUGGAGAGGCAUUCAUAUUUGAAGGAAUCAAAGUCAAGUCAAGCUUACCGCUAGUUACAGCCCUGAAGGCACAAAGGAUGAUAUGUGCAGGAUGUCAAGCAUACUUGGCCAGCAUAGUAGACAAGUCAAGAGAAACCCCCCUCAAGCCAGAGAAUGUCCACAUAGUAUGUGAAUUCGAAGAAGUUUUUCCGAAAGACCUUCCAGGGCUACCCCCAGAUAGAGAGAUAGAAUUUGUUAUUGAGUUAGCGUCAAGCACAGCACCAAUCUCGAGGGCUCGAUACCGCAUUGCUCCCAAUGAAUUAAAGGAAUUGAAGGCUCAACUACAAGAUCUUUUAGACAAGGGGUUCAUUAGACCAAGUUACUCACCUUGGGCAACCUUCAUGGAUUUAAUGAAUAGAGUCUUCAAGGAAUAUCUUGACAAGUUUGUGGUGGUAUUCAUUGAUGACAUACUCAUUUAUUCAAGGACAAUGGAAGAGCACGAGGAGCACUUAAGGCUAACUCUAAGAAGACUCAAAGAGCACCAAUUGUAUGCCAAAUUCAAAAAGUGUGAGUUUUGGUUGGAGAAAGUGGCGUUUCUAGGCCAUAUAGUGUCCAAAGAUGGGGUAGAGGUGGACCCUACGAAAAUUGAAGCAGUGAAGAGCUGGACAAAACCAAAAACCGCAAGUGAGAUUCGGAGUUUCCUCGGACUAGCUGGAUAUUAUAGGAGAUUCGUUGAAGGGUUCCCAAAAAUAGCCACACCGUUGACGAAUUUGACUCGAAAGCAACAAAAAUUUGCAUGGACAGAUAAAUGUGAGGAAAGCUUUCAGACAUUGAAAGAUAAACUCAUAACAGCACCCAAUGAGAAGGUGGUAGCCUAUGCCUCUAGACAGCUAAAGGAGUAUGAGACAAGGUACCCAACUCAUGACUUAGAGUUGGCAGCAUUGAAGGAGCUCAAAAUGAGAAAGAGGCGGUUGUUGGAACUGGUAAAAGAUUACGAUUGUGAGAUACUGUACCAUCCUGGAAAGGCUAAUGUAGUGGCGGAUGCACUUAGCAGACACAACUAUGCAAGCUUAUCAAUGUUAAGGGCAUUAAAAGUGCCGUUGCAACAGGAAAUCAAGAGAUCUAGAAUAGAGUUAGUAACUAAAAGCUAG